GUCUGGCAGCCCCGCCAGUGAGUCCGCCGCGCGCUGUCUAUCGGCGUGUCCCUUGUAAAAUGGGCUUAAAAUCGCUGCAUUCGCGAAUAACGUUAUAAAACAUAGAUAAAAUACAAAAAACACACAUUUAAUUAUGAUUAAACCAUAUUUAUAACAUCAGUUUAUUAGUUGAUAAAAACGUAACAUAAUAAAACUAAAUAUAAGAUAAAAUCGAUGUGGAAAUGAAAAUAAAGUCGAGCUGAAGACCAGUUACAAGAAGGAAGGCAGAAUUUUGAAAAAAUGCGCUGGAUAUUCCCUGUACCAGUUCUGCUGAUGUCGUGGUUCGGGGUGGAUCAAGUGAAAUCUAACUCCUGCAUUCGGACUGCAUUAUGGGCACUAAGUAUCAGCCCCCUUGUUCAGGCGGAAUGCCAGACGCGAACGAUAUACUGUUACGAGUGCGACAGUUGGACUGACCCGCGGUGCAAGGACCCCUUCAAUUACACUGCGUUGCCGCGAGAUCAACCACCUCUGCAGACUUGCAACGGUUGCUGUGUCAAGAUGGUCCGGUAUUCUAAGAGUCCGUACGAGGUGGUCCGUCGAACAUGUACCUCACAGCUACAAAUAAAUCUAUUCAUGGUAGACCACGUCUGUAUGAUGGAAAGUACUGGAACGGGCCACAUGUGUUUCUGCGAAGAAGACAUGUGUAAUACCGCGGCGGCGCCCGUCGCGGCACUCGCAUUGAUCGCAACACUGGCCGCAUGUGCUUGCAUGAGGUGAAGUAGGCAUAGAGACUGCCCCGAGCGGUCGAUUGUCGAUAACCGAUAUCGAUAACAACACUGUCCAUUAACUGUCAAACUAUAACGUCGGUCAGUCAUCGAUUGAGAACUGUCACUGGUCUGUCACUAGUGAUGUGUAAAUAUCGAUGAAUCGACAAUCGAUCGACUGUAUCUUUGGGCCCUACCCUAGCUGAGAUUUAAUUACAUUUUUCGUCCAACUGUAGACGUAGCUUAGUGUUGUGCUUAGUUUUUACAGCACAAAGUUCAAAUGUUCCCGUUAAGCUGCAUCGAGAUAUGCUUAGCUUGACAUUUUUGAAAUAAUAGUGAUUUAAAAAAAAUGUGUGGACUAAUUGAUCUUAAAAAGAAGCAAUGAAUAAAAAAAAAAAAACUUGAAAGAAAUCGCAAACCAAUUUCUAAUAGAAAUAUAACGAUAAGAAAAUACAUGUUUUGCAAUUAUUACAUAGAUAUGUAAAUACCUAAUUUAAACCCACAAUCAUUAAUCAGUGCUAAAACAAGUAAAUGUGUAUGUUAAGGUCGAUUUUAAGGUCAAGUAAUACCACACAAUGUCAAAGAUUAACAUUUAAAUAGAAUAUACAGCUUCAAGCUUCCAAAAGUGUUGUUCAAACUAAGUACAAUUGACUCCAGAAGCUAAUAUCAUGUUCAGCAAUUUUUGCUCUAAAAUUAUUAAUAACUUUUCCUGAUUAAGCAUGUAUAUAAAGCUCGGUAUAAAAAGGCGUUAGAAAUAAUAACAGUCUUAGAACGAGUGAGUUUGCUAAUCUAAAUGGCAGUGGAUUUGUGAACACUGCCAUCUAGUGGGAUUUUCGAGUACUAAUUUCUCCUGCAAACGCUUCUGAUUGGUCCAAUUAUCGACCAAUAAAAUUUGCUCAUAGUUGCACCUAAUAUUAGAAGUGGGCACCUGUAGAUAGAAUAAAUCGAAAUUGGAAAGAAACUAGCGAGUACUGCCGAAAUAUAGACGAAUAGAUAUGAUAAGUGCAUCGGAUUGGUGAUAUAUUAUAUCAGUUUUUUUAAAUUAGUCUUAACAAACGGUUGUGUUUUUAUUGUCUUCUCAAAAGACGUAGAUAAUUAAAUUGUCAAUUGAGUUUUAAUUUUUAGUUGUUUUAGCGUGUAUCGUAUGUUAAUUUUAAAGAUAACACAUUUUUUACCGAAGAGUACAUGAUUCGCAAUAUAGUUGAAAUUAUCGAUAUCGAUAGUGAGAUUGUUACGACACUAGUUGAAACGAUGCGUUAAAACAGUGAUGUAACUUAAAUAAAUUAAUCGAUAUACUUUGUAUAGGUCCUAAUGAUUUUAAUUACAUUAGUUAUAAUUUAAAAUAAUUAUCAGAAGCUAGAAUAUAUUUUUAAAAGCCAGUUAAUUUAAAAUUAACGUUCCUACAUUAUAAUUUUGACAUUUAUUUUUCAUAAUCUGCGGGUGACAUAGAUUAUAAAAUAAAAAAAAAACAAAAAUUAGUAAAAAGGUAUGCUAGAUUUAGUCGCAAAAACGGUUAAAGUUUUAUAAUUAUAGUGUAAAGAAUAAAUAAUUUUAUGAAAUUAAACACCAAAUACAUUUUAAUCAUUAAUGUUAAGUUUAUAAUAUAAUUGUAGGUUAAAAACGUGCUUCUAUUGGUGGCAAGCAAUCGCUUGUCACUACUGCGAAAGCAGUCAGUUACCCAGAAUAUUUUACGGAUACUUUUAAGCGGUAAAAAGAUAUAAAUUAAAUAAAAAAAUAUAAGAAAACCUCUAGUUUUA